UGUCCAUACGCAGACGCAAUCAGGAGUUACAAGAAGGAUUUUAGAAACGAGGAGUCCCUUUUCAGAGUCAGCAUCCACGAAACAUCCGCCGAAGAUGUCCCUUUCGAAUCGGCUGGCGAUCGUCACGGGCGGUGGAAGCGGCAUUGGCAAAGCGGUCUGCCAUGCACUGGCGAAGGACGGGGCAACGAUCGUGGCGGCCGACAUCAACCUGGACGCUGCGAGAGCAACGGUUGCCGAGCUGAAAGGUGAAUCUCACAUGGCUCUUCACGUGGACGUGGGCGAUUCGUCUUCCGUUACUUCCCUCGUGGACAGCGUCGGAUCUCAAUGCCGGAGUCCUUUGAGCAUCUUGGUGCACUGCGCUGGUGUUGCCAAAGAGUGCGCCGUCGUGAAUAUGACAGAAGACGACUACGAUGAACUGCUGCGAGUGAACCUCAAGGGCACAUUCCUCGUCAACCAGGCUGUUGUAAGGGAGAUGCUGAAGAGAAAAGUACCCGAGGGCUCUAUAGUAAACAUAGCCAGCAUCGCGGCCAAGACCGGAUACGCCAGGUUUGCCGCCUACGCAGCUUCCAAGGGCGGCGUCAUUGCAUUCACAAAGUCUCUGGCCCAAGAGUUGGCCGGAACAAACAUAAGAGUGAACGCCCUACUGCCCGGACCAACCGAAACUCCCAUGAUGGCCAUGCUCGAGGAGAUAAGGAAAGAGUGCUCCUCUGCAACUCUUCUGAAGAGAUUCGCUCGUCCCGAGGAAGUGGCCGACGUGGCCAGAUAUUUGUGCAGCUCUGGUAGCUCCUAUAUUACUGCCACGAGCGUCGAGGUCGCUGGUGGAAUGUCCGCCUGAUACGAAGUCUCGAUCGAGUAAAACGCUUGUUUUUCUACUUCUCUUUUGUGCUUUCGGCGCUAGUGCAGCAAGACUGCGAUCUUGUUUUUGGGAAAUGUUGUGAAAUUAUGUUUUGCGUACGUCAGUGCUUCCCAAACUCUGUCUGCUACACUGCGACCCACCAAAAAUAUGAGAUACUCAUUCAAUACCAAAACUUUGUCACGCUGCCACUCACGAUCUUUCCUUCGUACUUCAAGAAACUGGAACUUGGCACGUUUUUGUAACAUAUGCACCAUGCUCAUUAUUUAACUCCUUAGCUACCUCUCUCUUUGCUCUAAUGGCCUAAGGGGUGCGGCAGGAUCAAGUAUAAAUAAAUAAAUAUCACGUCACAGUA